UCGCUUCCUCGCUCGAUCCCGAACCGAGCGGCCGCCGACAUGGGGCUGGAGGAGGCUUUCAGGUCGGUGGGCGAGAUGGGCAGAUACCAGAUCUACCUGUGCUUCUUGUUGACUGUCUUACAGUUUUUUGUUGCUACUCAGGCCAUCUUCAUGACUAUAGUAGGAGCAAUUCCACCAUACCACUGGGACUUUGCAACCAUUCCUUCAUCUAAUUGGAGCCAGAGCAAUGCAGCCAAUGACAGUGAGUUUAGAGAGUGGCUUCAUGUGACUAAUGAGAGUGAAGUUCAAAGGCAUGUCCACUUUGACCAUCGUUUCUCAUCUGUUGUAUCUGAGUGGUUCUUGAUUGGAGAUGCUAUGUACAAAGUCAGUUUGGCAAGCUCAUUGUAUUUCUUUGGUGUCCUGGUUGGUGGUGUCCUUUUCGGCCAACUCUCCGAUCAAUUUGGAAGAAAGAAACUCUACUUGGCAGGUCUUAUUCUUGAUGUGGUCUUUGGGAUUGUCAGUGCAGUUGCUCCUUCAUACGAGAUCUUUGCCACUUGCCGAUUCUUUGUUGGUGUGAUGAAUGGAGGAAUGUCCUUGGUGUCAUUUGUCCUGCUCCAGGAGUAUGUUGGUGUUUCCUAUUGGGCCCUGACUGGGUCACUGCAGAGCUUCUCUUUUGCAAUUGGAAUAUCUCUUUAUGCGCUAGUGGGAUACUUCAUUCGAUCAUGGCGAAUAUUAGCUCUUGUAGUUAAUAUUGAAGGGGUGCUCAUCCUGCUUCCAACUCUAUUUAUCCCAGAAUCUCCACGUUGGCUGUAUGUUCAAGGACGACUAUGUGAAACUGAGAACAUCCUUGAGUGUAUUGCUAAGAAGAAUGGUCGACCAGAGUGUAAAAUAACUCUGAAGCCACCUGUUCAGAAUUGUGAUGAAUCGGCCAGUAUCCUUGACCUUUUUCGACAUAGAGUCCUCUUGGGGCGCACAUUGAUCAUGAUGUAUAUAUGGUUAAUAUGCAGUCUUGUUUAUUAUGGUCUGACUCUGGGCGCUGGUGACUUGGGUGGUGACCGGUAUUUAAACAUAGCUCUUUCUGGACUAGCUGAAUUGCCCGCACAUCCAGUCGGUCUCUUUUUGAUCAACUGCAGUCGGUUGGGUCGCAGACGCACACUAACAGGAUUCCUGAUACUAGGGGGUGCAGCCUGUCUAGUUAACAUCUUUCUGCCAGAAAAGAGAGCCACUGGAAUUUUCACAGUAGUGAACAAUCAGUCGCUUUCAUUUCUCGGUAAACUGGCAAUCAGUGCAGCAUUUAAUAUUGUCUAUAUCUAUUCCUCUGAGCUGUAUCCCACCACUGUCAGGAAUGUUGGAAUGGGUAUAUGUUCCAUGUCUUCUCGAAUUGGAGGAAUCCUUGCACCCUUCAUCCCUUCACUGAGAAAUGUUCAUCAGUCAUUGCCAUUCCUGGUGUUUGGAGUUGCAGGAAUAUUAGCAGGAGGAAUUUGUCUGCUCUUGCCAGAAUCCCUGAACAAGCCUAUUCCAGAAAGACUCUCUGACCUGGACAGUGUUGCAUAUUGCCAUCUUGCAGAGGCAAACAAUGUGAAUCAUCUAGAGGAGGAGACUAACAGCGAGUCUGAGGAAGAAGAGUAUAGUGGUCUAAGUGAAAAGACCAAAUUGAUGCAAUGAUACUAGCCUUAUUUUCACAAUGUGAAUACAGUAUCUACUAAGCACUUUAUACAUCCUACCAGGUUAACUUAUUGAAUGGCCUAAAUGCAAUAUCUUAAGAUCUCCAGAUCCUACUUGAUCAGAUACUGGAUGUUUCUGAUAGUGCAGUGUAAGAUUAUCUGGGACCGUUUCAAUGUUUCUCCAUUUCUGUAUUGUAGUGAUCAUUACUCACAAAAUGGUUCAAAAUGGUUUCCAGCCUAUUCUGGAUUGCUAUAUUCUGCAAGGUGCUUUAAUUUCACAUUUUUUUCCCUUCCAUUUGUACACAUUUUAUCUUGUCUGUCUGGUUUUGGUAUCUAUUUCUGUGACACAUCAUUGUUUCCAAUCAGGUCUUGGUAUCUUAUUACAAUGCUGAUAACAGCUUUGAUCACUGGGCGUUCACAUUGGUUAUGUUCCAGUUUUUCCAAUUUGCCUAACUAUUCUGUCUGACUAAUCACAGGACACAUAGAUCACUAUUAAAGUAGGUCAGGAAUAGGAGGCUUACUGUGUUCAAUUUUGUCACUGAAUGUAGACAUCAGUCACUCCCAUCUCAGGUCCAAAAAUGGUUGGAUGCAAAGAAGGUCCUACUGCCUCAACCCUGGAGCAUCUCUAAACUAAUUGGUAAUAUUUGUUACAGAUCAAGGCUACUGGAUUAGAAGCGAUCAUUAUCCUAGCCUAUGACUAGUUUUUAGGAAGGUGGUUAGUGGAAUAUUUAUCUGCCUUUCUUCAUCUGCCAUAAGCUUGUGACCUCUGUAUUAAUUUGCAAAUAUUUGAAUGAUUGCACCAGAAGUUCCAUCCCAUUAAACCUAGACCAAAAGCAACUUAAGGGCCUUAUAUUAACUGUAUGCAGUGAGUUGGACUACAUUUUCAAAAUUUAAUCAUUUGUUGGGUUCCACUUCUGGAGCUUUGGAUUCCAGUAACUGGCUUUUAUAGUACUGUAGUCCACAGUGAUGGAAUGUUUUUGUACUUGAAAUAAAAGCUUUCUACAAA